AUGUGCCGUGGCUAUCCUGUCCAGACGGAGCGCCGAGACUUUUGCAGGGUUUUUCUUACCGCCGUUCCGUUAUUCACUAUUGUGAUAAUUCUUCUGAGAUGCGCAGCGAGGAGGAUAGCUAAGUUGAAGCUUUGGUGGGACGAUUGGACAGCAUUGGUGGCCAUGGUCAGUUUUCUGAGCGAGAAGUCUGACACUAAAUAUACUGAACUCGGAUUUGGUCUUCAUUUUUGGAACAUCGCGCCGGGUAACGCGAAACCAAUUCUUCAGCUAUUUUACGUAACGCAGAUGACAUACAUACUCAUGCAAAUUGCGGCAAAGUCCUCCAUCUGCUUUCUUUACAUGCGGAUCUUCGUUACCCCUUGGUUCCGGAAGGCCGUGAUAUGCCUCAUUGCUAUCAUCCUCAGCCAACACAUAUUGUUUCUUUUUCUAAUUCUAUUUCAAUGCAUACCGAUACAAUCAAUAUGGGAUAAAUAUAUCUCGGGUCGUUGUCUCAACCUCACAGCAAUUGGUUACGCUGGAGGGUCAUUUACAGUGGCAUACGACGUCAUUCUUAUUACUCUACCGAUACCCGAGCUGCUGAAGUUAAAUCUCAGUUUGCGUAAAAAGAUCAUUUCAGUUCUCAUGCUAGCUUUAGGUUCAUUUGCGACCGUGGCGAGUAUGAUUCGAUUAAAAUACAUGGUUUCAUUUGCUAACACUUUUGACGCAACCUGGGACAAUGUUGAUGUUGUCAUUUGGUCCUGUCUGGAAAUGAACCUAGUCAUAAUUUGUGGCAGCCUGCCUGCCCUACAUCCGCUAUUCAGAGCCAUUGCCAAGUUGUUUCGCUCUGUCAGCCCAUUCUCAGGGGGUAUUUUGGGUUCAAAAAACCAGGGACUGGAAAAGACGGGCGAACCCAGUCAAUCGCAAGAUCCCAAUCAUCAAAGUCCCUGUUAG